UCCCGGAUGCUGUGGUCGCCGGACGCUGCUCCUCAGAUCCUGGGGUUGGAUUGUGCUUUCCUGAAGCUGUGCUGCCAGAGUGUGCUAUGGGUUUACAAGAAAGAACAACAAAAGAUGAAUAAAUCUCUGGAGUUGGUGUCAUUUGAGGAUGUGGCUGUGGACUUCACCUGGGAGGAGUGGCAGGACCUGAAUGAUGCUCAGAGGACUUUGUAUAGGGAUGUGAUGCUGGAGACGUACAGCAACCUGGUGUCACUGAAUGUCCAGAUAGAUGAUGACCUAGUGAAGAGGAACCAAGAAAGUCACAGUAAAUGCUUGCAGCAAAUUGUAAUCACCAAUAGCAACAGCAACACAUCAGCUGAGGAGAGAGUUGUGUUAGGAAAAUCUUAUUUGAAUUCAUACCAUGUUUUAAAUCUGAUUAUAAAUAAUGGAAAGUAUUCAGGAAAGGGACAUGAAGAGUUUUACAUAUGCCAGAAUGCACUUCCUCCUCAAGAGCCUGAUGAGAUGCCUGCUGGAAAGAAACAUGAUGACCAUCAUAUAAUGGGAAAAUUGCCCAGACAUCAUGAGCAUCUUAGUCAGCAUCUCAAUAUUGAAACUGGAAAGCAGCCUUUAGAAUACAGUGGAAAAUGGAAAUCCUCCAACACAGAGCCAAUAAUAUUUAUACAUAGAAAGAUUCAUAUGGAUGGGACCACCUGUAAGUAUAAUGAAUAUGGGAAAGGCUGUGGUAAGUCAGCUGUCAUUGCUCCAGAAAUAAAUCAGGUAGAAAGGAAAACUUUUCAAUGUGGUAUAUGUGGGAAAAUGUUCUAUAAAAAAUUUGAACUCACUAAACAUCAGAUUAUGCACACAGGAGAGAUCCACAUUUCAUAUCAGAGAACUCUCACAGGUGAGAAACCACAUGAAUGUAAAGAAUGUGGAAAAGCUUUUAACCAAAAGUCAGACCUCAGCAGGAAUGAGAGAAUUCCCACAAGUGAGAAACAGUAUGAAUGUAAAGAAUGUGGCAAAACUUUUAACCAAAAGUCAAGCCUCAGCCUUCAUCCCAGAACUCACACAGGUGAGAAACCAUAUAAAUGUAAAGAAAGUGGAAAUGCUUUUAACCAAAAGUCAGAUUUUAGCAGGCAUGAGAAAAUUCACACAUGUGAGAAACCAUAUGAAUGUAGAGAAUGUGGAAAAACUUUUAAGCAUAAGUCACUGCUCUGCAGGCAUCAGAGAAUUCACACAGGUGAGAAACCAUAUCAAUGUAAAGAAUGUGGAAAAGCUUUUAGGGAAAAGUCACAUCUCUGCAGACAUGAAAGAACUCACACAGGUGAGAAACCAUAUGAAUGUAAAGAAUGUGGAAAAGCUUUUAGUGGAAAGUCACAGCUCAGCAGGCACCAGAAAAGUCACACAGGUGAAAAACCAUAUGAAUGUAAAGAAUGUGGAAAAGCUUUUAGCGGACAGUCACAGCUCAGCAGGCAUCAGAAAAGUCACACAGGUGAGAAACCAUAUGAAUGUAAAGAAUGUGGAAAAGCUUUUGGUGAAAAGUCAUACCUCAGCAGUCAUCAAAGAACUCACACAGGCGAGAAACCAUAUGAAUGCAAAGAAUGUGGAAAAGCUUUUAGCAAAAAGUCAUAUUUUAGCAUUCAUCAGAGAACUCACACUGGUGAGAAACCAUUUGAAUGUAAAGACUGUGGGAAAGCAUUUACCAACAAGUGGGACAUCAGCAGGCAUGAGAGAAUUCACACAGGUGAGAAGCCAUAUGAAUGUAAAGAAUGCGGAAAAGCUUUUAGUGAAAAAUCAAACCUCAGCUUUCAUCAGAGAACUCAUACGGGUGAGAAACCAUAUGAAUGCAAAGAAUGUGGAAAAGCUUUUAAGCACAAGGGAGACCUCAGCAGGCAUGAGAUAACUCAUACAAGUGAGAAACCAUAUGAAUGUAAAGAAUGUGGAAAAGCUUUUAGGCAAAAGUCGUACUUCAGCAUUCAUCAGAGAACUCACACAGGUGAGAAACCAUAUGACUGUAAAGACUGUGGAAAAGCUUUUAACAAAAAGGUAGACCUCAGCAUUCAUCAGAGAAGUCACACAGGUGAGAAACCGUAUGAAUGUAGAGAAUGUGGAAAAACUUUUAACCAAAAGUCACAGCUCAACAGGCAUGAGAGAAUUCACACAGGUGAGAAACCUUAUGAAUGUAGAGAAUGUGGAAGAGCUUUCAACCGAAAGUCACACCUCAGCAGACACCAGAAAAGUCACACAGGUGAGAAACCAUAUGAAUGUAAAGAAUGUGGAAAAGCUUUUAGCAAAAAGUCAUAUGUCAGCAUUCAUCAGAGAUCUCACACAGAUCAAAGGCCAUGUUAAUGUAAAGAAUGUGGAAAAUCUUUUAACCAAAAGGUAAACCUCAGAAGACAUGAGAGAACUCACACAGGUGAGAAACCACAUGAAUGCAAAGAAUGUGGAAAAGCUUUUAUUCAAAAGUCACACGUCAGCAGCCAUCAAAGAACUUGUAUAGGUGAGAAACCAUGUGAAUGUAAGGAAUGUGGGAAAACAGUUUACUGGAACUCACCAUAAUAGACAUGAACAACUUCACACAUGGGAAAACCCCAAUUAAUGUAAAGACUGUGGGAGGAUUUGCCAUAAAUCAAAUGGCACAUUUCAUCAGAGAACUUACACCAAGAAGAAGCCAUAUAAAUGCACAACUGUCCGUUGGUAUUGCAGGUUGGUUCCAGGAGCCCCUGUUGAUGAAAACACUUGAAAAUGAUCAAGCCCCUUCUAUAAAUGGUGUACAGUUUCAAUAUUGCCUAUGGACUCUUUUCCAUGUUCUUUACAUCUUGAGUAGAAUAUUUGUAUUACUGAAUA